AUGACAUGGACAGAUCAUCUAUCAAAAGCUGUAAAGCUUUCUAUUAGGCGUAUCCAUCAGCUGGCAAAGGGUAUCAACCCUCUUACAAUCUCUGCGCAUUCAGUUGUGGCUGCGCAACCAAAGUAUGACACCUCAACUUCAGAUGGCCCUCAAGACUAUGCAACUCCCUUUCCUGACAGUGAGCAGUACCUCUUUGGUGUAAAAGCUCAUCAAAAUGGUAUUGAUACUUGUCCUGAUUAUACAGGUCACCAUUUAUCUUUGAUGGAGCCCUCUUGGAUUCAAAGUUUUGGGGAUGUCUUACCUGAGCUCGAAGAUCAUAUCCCGGAUGACACAGACUCAAUGCCUUGGAGUAAUGGACUUUUAAUUGCACUUGUUGCUCAGUCAGAUGACUCAAGUCUUGAUCCAUCGCCCAAGAACCUCAAGUUUGGUCAAUGGUGGUUGUUGAACACCAUACAAGUAAAAGAUGGACUACUGACUGGAUACACAACACAACCGAAUAAUUCCAAAGCCAAGCCUGAACAUGAAAAAUCAAACGUUCAUGAAGAAGAUGCUGGAAAUAAAACCUCCAAAUCAGAGGAAGAUGCCUUAGAGACUUGGUGUAAUUGA